AUGGACGACGAGACCACAACCAUCAGACGGCACUUGGCAAGUCUCAGUCGUGUCACGCAGAAUGUUAGAGAAUAUCUGUCUCAGAAUCACCCGGACUACUACUCACAGAUUUUCGGAGCUGGUCGUGAUGAAGAUGGAUGGGAGGAGGAGCGACAUGGAAACGCGGGACAACGCUUCAAANAGUGGUUGCAUGGAGGCAAGCAUUUCCAAAGAAACCUUCCACUCCGAGACAUUACUAGGGUUGCCAAUGUGAACGACCUUUCGAACAACGAACGCCGCUUGUUGCACGACUACUGGCUCGGUAUGGCACAGCAGCGAAUUCUAGACGCUCUGAACGACCGUGUCGAAAGAUUCAACGUACUCAAGUUGAGGCUGGACGCUAUCAAGAACGAGACCGAACUUCGCGUGCUCAACCAAGCAAAUGUCAUCGGAGUCACUACCUCAGGCCUUGCUCGCAACUUGCAGCUUCUGCGCAAGCUGCCGUCGAAGAUUCUGCUGUGUGAAGAAGCUGGUGAAGUGCUCGAGUCUCAUCUUCUGACUGCUUUACUACCGUCGGUUGAACAUGCGAUCCUUAUCGGCGACCACUUGCAGCUGCGUCCGCAUGUUCAAUGCUACAACCUAUCACAAGAAAGCGCUAGGGGCCAGCAACAUGCUCUAGACACUUCUCUUNUCGAAAGACUGGUCACUGCCACAGAUGGUGGUGCUCGCCUCCCCUUCAGUAGACUGGACACGCAAAGACGUAUGCAUCCCGACAUCGCCGAGCUAGUACGCACCACUCUGUACCCUACACUUUCUGAUGCGCCAUCAACCUCGGAGCAUCCUCAGGUGUCGGGUUUGAAGAAGCGAUUGUUCUGGCUCGAUCAUCAGCACCCCGAGGCACAUAGUGAAUUGCAGUCCACGUCACAUACAAACGAUUAUGAGGUAGAGAUGACAACUGCUCUGGUAUCUCACUUGAUCAAGCAAGGAGUACACAAGCCUGGCGCAAUUGCUGUACUCACCCCAUAUGUCGGACAACUCAAGAAGCUGCAGCUUCGUAUGCAGAGUGCUUUUGAGGUUGUGCUUGACGAUCGCGACAUUAAGGACUUAGAAGAUGCAGGCUUGGAGGAUGCAGGCCUGGAUGAUGCUGCACAAUCUCGAGCACCGCCCGCGCCUGGUAUCCAGAAAGGCUCAAUGGCUUCAGCUGUCCGUAUCGCCACAGUCGACAACUUCCAGGGCGAAGAGGCUGAUGUCGUUGUGAUCUCUUUGNUGAGAAGCAACGACCAGCAGAAAUGUGGGUUCCUGCGUACUUCCAACCGGAUAAAUGUUCUCGUUUCGCGUGCGAAGAAUGGCAUGUACAUCAUUGGCAACUCGACUACCACACAGCAUAUCCCGAUGUGGACAGAAGUUCUCCAACUUCUUCAGAUGAACGGCAACAUCGGCGAAGUUCUUGAGCUGUCGUGUGCAAGACAUCCGGACGACAUCAUGAAAGUUAGCAUGCCUGAUGACUUUGUGCGACUGGCACCCGAUGGUGGCUGCAACCUUCCGUGUAGCCAACGUCUCCUCUGCGGCCAUGCUUGCGACAGCUCUUGUCACUCUCAAGUCCUCCAUGAUGCUGUCAAAUGUCUUGCUCCAUGUCCCCGACAACCAGGCAGCAACUCUUGCUCGCAUGCAUGUCCUGCGAAGUGCGGCGAGAUAUGCCCCUCCAAGUGUAUGGCAAUCGUCGAAGACAUCGCCAUUGAACUCCCUUGUGGUCAUAUCAUGACCUCUCUCCCAUGCUGGCUGUACUACGAGCAAGACAAGAUCAUUUGUCACGAGGUCGUUACCCGUACGGUCCCUGGAUGUGAACACGAAGUCCAGGUCAAGUGUUGUAUGGAUGUGAAUAGCGACAAGUACCUGUGCCGAGAAGAAUGUGGUGAUCCACUGGCAUGUGGUCAUGUUUGCAAGAAGUCAUGCAAUAACUGCAAGAAGCGGGUCGAUUGCCGUAUUGACAAAGUCGACCAUGGCUCCUGCCGUCAACCUUGUGGUCGUGACUUCCUCAACUGCUCUCACAGCUGCAAGAAGUCUUGUCACGAUGGUACCGACUGUGGUCUUUGUGAUCAGCCAUGCGAAGUCAGGUGCGAUCAUUCUCACUGCGGUCGGUUGUGCUCUGAGCCAUGUGCUCCGUGUGCAGUUCAGAAGUGUUCUUCUUGUUGCCCUCACAGUGAGUGCAGCAUGCCUUGUGGAGCCCCAUGUGAUUGGAUCCCUUGCUCCCAGCGCUGUACAAGCGAACUCAACUGCGGCCACCAGUGUCCGAGUAUCUGCGGUGCACCUUGCCCGGACGCUCGUUUUUGCCAAGAAUGUGCCAAUGAAGACAUCAAGUCUCGUGUAGUUGAUCUGAUUAUGAUGAGCUCGUACAGUGAUGUUGAUUUGGACGAGGAUCCUUGUGUCUUCCCGGCUUGUGGGCACUUCUAUACCAUCACGACCAUGGAUGGUCAUCUAAGUCUUGGUGAGCAUUACCUUCUGGACGCAGAUGGAAGACCGACUGCCCUGAGAGCUUCAGACGAUGGUCUCGAUGUUGACAAGACUCGUAACGUCUGCCCGGAUUGUCGUCGUUCUCUGCGCGAUGUCCCUAGAUAUGGCAGAAUCGUUCGCCGCGCCCUCAUGAUUCAGAGCACGCUGAAGUUCAUCACUUGGUCUAACAACAAUUACAUUGGGUUUUACGGAAAAUUCUCUGAGGCACAGAAGCUCUUGCAGAUGACCCUUGAAAAGGCAAGACCGGCCCAAACGAGCCUCCGCUUGUAUGGAUCUCGAGACCAGCAGAUUCAUACCAUCAAGACUGCUAUGUCCAAACUUAGAUACGAAAAAUUUAUCAGCCUGAGGUGGGACAUCAACAACUUCAGAGGCCUUGUCGGCAAACAGGAACAGCCAUUUAAGCGUGUUCAAGCACUGGUUCGCCACGCCCGUCUGGACAAGCGUACUGAGGAAGACUUCACUUUUGAUGAGAGCGUAAUUUUGCAAACCAGAUCGUAUUCUCUUGCGACAUCUUUGCUGAUUCGUUGUGAUCUUGUCAUCUUGUCAGACGUGCUCGCUGUGCGCUCGUCAGUUGCUCUUCCUGUCGGUGUGGCCACGACACUGGAGCUUGACAAGGAUCGUAAAGACUGUGAGACCCUGUUCCAGGUCGCCGAUGAGGGAAAGCAUCACCUUCAGCAAGCCGAGGCCCUGAUCUUCUGGGCACAUUUCGCUGCUUUGGAAGUUUCCUGGCGCUCGUCGCACGAANGAGGAAAGGUGAGUCAAGAAUUUAGCCGAGCGAGAGUAGAAGAUACUGACAAUUACAGUGACGAUAAUGGCACCAUCAACACCCUCCGUACCCAAGCAAGACAGCGUCUUGAGCAGGCUCGGGUCUUCUGCGCAGAGCACUCUCAGGCCCGCACCGUGGCCUCAGAAAUCGAAGAGAUUGAGAAGAUGCUAUGCGAAAGCACUUUCUACCAGCCCAUCACCUCUGACGAGAUGCAAAAGGUUGUUGCUGCCAUGACCCGUGAGUUCAGAGGAACAGGACAUUGGUACCGUUGUCGCAAUGGCCAUCCGUUUACUGUUGGUGAAUGUGGUAUGCCGAUGCAGACUGCUAGAUGCCCUCAAUGCGGUGAAGUUGUUGGAGGACAGAGGCACCAAGCUGCUGAAGGAGUCACCCAUGCUGGGGACAUUGAGAGACGUUUUGGUGAUAUGAGACUGUAG